AUGAAGCUCCUUAGUAUACUUGCAGCCGCCGCGCUGUCAUUCAUUUUCGUUUCCGCGUCGGCGAUACCCGUACAAUCUCUCCGAACAGCAAGCGAUGAUCCGGUAUUCGAUGAUAAUUUCGCUGAUCCAGGAAUCUUCCAAGACGAAGACGGCACCUGGUAUGCUUUUGGGACGGCUGCAAAGAAUAAGCAAGUUCAGGUAGCCACAGGAGAGAGCUUCGAUGGACAGUGGAAUCUAUUGGGGGAUAUCGACGCCCUUCCUCACUCAGCAGCCUGGACUACUGGACGACACACUUGGGCCCCUGAUGUUCGUCGCGCACGUAACGGGAAAUAUGUUAUGUACUACAGUGGCGAGGUAGCUGAAGAUUCGGCUCACCAUUGCAUCGGUGCGGCAGUAGCAGACGCUGUCACCGGUCCGUAUAUACCAGAGGAGGAACCUUUUGCUUGCGACCUCUCAGCCGGUGGUUCUAUCGAUGCAUCUGGAUUCGAAGACGAGGACGGCAAACAAUAUGUCCUCUAUAAAAUCGACGGAAAUAGUGUCGGUAAUGGCGGAAGCUGCAGCAACACCAAGCAGCCGAUUGUACCAACGCCAAUCAUGCUCCAGGAAGUCGAAGAGGACGGUGUAACGAAAGUUGGCGAGCCUGUUGAAAUUUUCAACCGCAGCGACGAGGAUGGUCCAUUGGUAGAAGCGCCGAGCUUGUUACGCACGGAUAAUGGACUAUACAUCCUGUUCUUCAGCAGCGGUUGCUACUUGGAGCCAAGCUACAACGUGAACUACGCAACGUCGACGAGCCUGAAGGGGCCAUUUCAACGAGCACAGCGCCCGAUAAUAAAAUCAGGGGAGUACACGUUGCAGGCACCCGGCGGCGCCACUGCAGUACAUGUUGGGGAUAAAGUUGGGAUCGCUUUCCAUGCGGACUGUCAACAAGGGAGAUGCAUGCACACAUCCCACACGGUUGUCGAUGGCCGGGAAGUAAGGGUUCUGAUGUAG